CUCGAGAUCGACUCAUCGACCGCCGCGGCUGCGGCGGCGGCGGCAUUGGCAACCGGAGAAGUUGCGUUUCAACUUGCUUGAGCUUCGUCGUUAUCCAGAAGAAUCCAGAGAUGGCGAGUUUGAAGGUGCGCGUUGACUCGCCAAAGGUGCGCUACACAGAGGAUUUCAUCGAGGCUGAAUACGAGUAUCGAACGACUAAAGUGGCCGAAGCCGACGAAAACAAUCGCGAUACCUACACGGUGACACCUUUGUCAACAAAAUUGCUGAUCAGGACUGGAAUUCGAGUUCCAAAAUUAGGUCUGAUGCUAGUGGGAUGGGGUGGCAACAACGGUAGCACCGUGACAGCAGCUUUACUAGCGAAUAAACUUAAAUUAUCGUGGGAAACCAAAGAAGGUCUGAAAACUGCAAACUGGUAUGGUUCUCUGACGCAAGCAUCCACCGUGAAACUGGGCAGAAGAAUCAAAGGGGAAGACGUUUAUGUACCUAUCUCCAGCAUGUUGCCUAUGGUGAAUCCUGAUGAUAUCGAAAUCGAUGGCUGGGACAUUUCAAACGUAAAUCUCGCGGAAGCUAUGACGCGUGCUAGAGUUCUGGAUGUAAACCUGCAGGUACAAUUACGGCCCUAUAUGACUGACAUGCAGCCCAGAAAGAGCAUAUAUUAUCCUGAUUUCAUCGCUUCGAACCAGUUUUUCAAGACGGAAAAUCAUUAUAUGGUACCACGUAAGAAAACUGAAGGUGACCACACGUUCAACUGUGAAACAAGAGGCACCAAGAUCGAGCAACUCAACUUGAUUCGCAAUGACAUAGUGCAGUUCAAGGCUGCAAAGGGUCUCGAUCGAGUCAUUGUCCUGUGGACCGCGAAUACCGAAAGAUUCUCAGAGAUCGUGACAGGCGUCAACGAUACAGCCGAUAACUUGUUGAAGGCAAUUGAAGAAAAUCAUUCGGAAAUCAGUCCCAGCACCAUGUUCGCAGUAGCGGCAGCUUUAGAAGGAUGUACUUACAUCAAUGGAUCGCCACAAAACACUUUUGUGCCAGGUGCCCUUGAACUAGCCAAGAGGCAGAAGACAUUUGUUGGCGGCGACGAUUUUAAGUCUGGUCAAACGAAGCUCAAGUCCGUGCUUGUGGAUUUUCUCAUAUCGGCGGGUAUAAAGCCGGUGUCGAUUGUCAGCUACAAUCAUUUAGGAAACAACGAUGGAUACAAUCUAUCCGCACCACAACAAUUUCGCUCAAAAGAGAUUUCCAAGAGUAACGUUGUAGACGAUAUGGUGGAAUCCAAUAAAAUUCUCUACAAGCCUGGCGAAAAACCGGACCACUGUGUAGUCAUCAAAUACGUUCCCUACGUUGGUGACAGCAAGAGAGCCAUGGACGAGUACACUUCUGAAAUUAUGCUCGGCGGUCACAACACCAUCGUGAUCCAUAACACGUGUGAAGAUUCGCUUCUCGCGACUCCCAUCAUUCUCGAUCUCGUCAUUUUAGCCGAACUCUGUUCUCGCAUCACCUUCAAGAGAGCUGAUUCCGACAAUUGCGACGAAGAAUUUUCCGGCUUCCAUAGUGUACUUUCUAUUUUAUCAUAUCUUUGCAAGGCUCCACUGGUGCCCCAUGGGACUCCAGUGGUGAACGCUUUGUUUCGACAACGGGUUGCCAUCGAAAAUAUUUUGCGAGCCUGCCUGUCAUUACCACCAGAGGACAACAUGUUGCUUGAACACAAAGUCAUCUUCGAGAUUUAAAGAGAAUACAACCAUGUUAAGAGGAGGCUAUAGCUGAAGAAAGAUAAGGAAAAAGAGGGAGACGAAGAGACAUAUGGGAAAUGAGGAUAAAAACGUUCAAGUGAUAAUGAAAACUUGACUCGUUUAAUCGUUAUCAAAGGAGAUUGGUAGUAUCUUUUUUUAGUCUGGUUUUUCCACUUUCUUUAUAUAAUAUCAAGCAUUGAAUAUAUAAUUAUUAAAUAUCAAACUCUGGGUACAAUUAUUAUAAUUGUUGGCGAUAUGUUGUAAAAUUAUUUCUUUUAUAAUAAGUUAGUUUCUUUUCGUAAUGCCUCAUUUUCUCACAAUGUCAUCGUUCAGUAAUCUUAUAUAAUUAUAUUAUUGAUUUAGCAAAUUUAUUCAAAAUUGAUAUUAUUACUGGAUUCUUUAAUCGGUCGAAUUAGUUUCAAAAGAAAUAUUUUGAAUAAAUAAAUAUAUAUACGACAAUGUACAUGUGCGUAAACGCAUGCGUGCGUGCGUGAGUGUAAAACUGGAAAGUAAUUAAGUAUAGUUUAAAUAAUGGGUUGCAAUUCGCGAUUAUAUACAUAUAAUUUGUUGAGAUUACCAAUUGAAUCUCAACUUAUUAAGAAAUACAUAUUCUGUUAAUUUGAUGAUGUCUCCAGUGGAAUAUUUUCAUCUGAAAAGAUUGAUUAAAUGGAGAAAUAACUUUCGAGACCCCGCUCGCUUUCCUCGUGAUUUAUGUGAAUUAAAAAGCAGUAUACGUUCCACUCAAAUAAUAUGCAUAUGUAACUCCUCGAUUGAUAUCGUAUAUGUCUUACGUUGUACUUGGUGAAAAUUUUAAAUUAAAAAAAAUCGUCUCUAAAAAAAAA